AUGAGUUUGCUAUUGUUCUUAGUGCUAGGCGCUUUCCUCUUGUCCUCUGUAAAAGCAGCAGAUAUUGGGGCAUUCAGAUUAAGAGUAUACACUCCAGGACGGUUUACAAAUGGAGCUCUAAAUUUUAACAAUUGGGGGUAUCAAUACCUUGAUGCAAGCUCAUCAAAUGGGCAGUUGUUUGCCGGUUAUGCAACCGUUACAAGUGUGACCACGUUUUUAGCUCCAGACGACGAAGGAUUCGUAUGGGGGUCAAGCUUGGGGGGAUACCCCGGAUUUUUGGGUAUAGGCGCAGGGGCAACAGCUUUCCAUCUAACGGGUAUUCCAGGAGAUGCUCUAAGUUGGUAUAUAGAAGACAAUAUUUUAAAAACUUCUUCACCAACUUACGUUUGCUCCCGGAACGAUGGAGAUGUGGUCGUCGGCAUCGAAGCGAACACAAGAUGGUUAGCCAUGCAUGAUACGUCCCAGUUGCCCCCUAAUUAUUAUUGCUUCCAAGCAGACUACGAAAUAGUCGCACUAUGGUACAUCCCUGACACCACAUCCACAUGGACCGGUACUGAGACUUCUACUACCACCGAUGAUGACGGAUCAGUCAUUGAGCUUGUUCCUACUCCAUUGCCUGACACCACAUCUACCUGGACUGGCACAUUUACUACGUUCACCACCGAUGAUGACGGAUCAGUCAUUGAGCUUGUUCCUACUCCAUUGCCUGACUCCACAUCCACCUGGACUGGUACUUACACCACGUUCACUACCGAUGAGGAUGGAAGUACUAUUGCUGUGGUACCAUCGUCUACUAUCGACUCUACAUCCACCUGGACUGGUACUUACACCACGUUCACUACCGAUGAGGAUGGAAGUACUAUUGCUGUGGUACCAUCGUCUACUAUCGACUCUACAUCCACCUGGACUGGUACUUACACCACGUUCACUACCGAUGAGGAUGGAAGUACUAUUGCUGUGGUACCAUCGUCUACUAUCGACUCCACAUCCACCUGGACUGGCACAUUUACUACGUUCACUACCGAUGAGGAUGGAAGCACCAUUGUCGUUGUGCCAUCGUCUACUAGUGACCACCACGACAAGCCCGGGGCCAGUGAAACCAUUUUGACAAAUGGUGGUAUUUCAACUACUGUUGUGACGGUGACCAGUUGUGACAUUGAAAAGUGCACCAAGACUACUGCUCUGACAGGUGUCACAGAGACAACUCUCACGACCGGAGGUACGACUACGGUUGUAACUACCUACUGUCCUUUGCCAACCGACAUUGUCACUGUGAAGACAACAAGCAUUAGUGGAAGUGAGGUUCUGCAAACAAUCUAUACGGCAAAACCUAGCAACGAUGUACCGGAUGUCCAAACUUUGACUGUUACAAUCACAAGAGAAGUGUGCGAUGCUUCUACCUGCACUCAAGCUACUAUUGUGACUGGAGAGAUUUUGAAGACUACCACUCUUGCAGAUACGCAUUCUACAACCGUGGUUCCAGUGUAUGUUCCGUUAGACACUGAUCAGCCGUUAGUUGAGCUGAGCACUCUCGAAACGGUAUUAAAGUCAUCCGAGUUCGCCAGUGGACCGGCCGUAACGGCUGGAUCAGCCCAGCAGCCAUCGUACCAAUCUGGUGGGGUAGCGGAAAGCAGUCUGACAGUUUCCGAGUUUGAGGCUCACAGUACAUCUGACACAGUCUCUCAACCUUCAACGAUUUCCCCGCAAACUGGAGAAGCAAAUGCCCUGAGAUGGUCAUCGUUCUUUGGAGCAGCUUUGGUUCCGCUGGUUAACGUGUUCUUCGUUUAG